AUGACAAAUCCGCUCUCGCUCGACUCUGACGACGAAUAUGGUUACGAUCUUUCUCUCGAAGACGAGAAUUUGCUGAGCCAGCUCAUCACCGACGACCCCGCCCCCACAUCCAUGUUAUUACAGAAUACCACCGCCCCCUCCAUCGCCUCGCAUCUAGGCAUUGACACUAUCGCCGAAGAGGAGUUUCGACUCGACGAUGUCCCAACCGAUGCGCUCUCUUUCCGGUCGUUUGGCACAGCCAAAGGACCCCUACGAGCUGGUGGCAAUCGCAACAAGGUUCCCGCGGCUCUUCCCCCGUCGUCACCUGGCCAUACCGUCGUCAGCUACCCGGAUCUGAGAAAGGUUCUCCCCAAUAGUGACCGCGCUCUUUCGCCACCGAAACAGGCAGACAAGGCCUCCCCCGAGCCAGCGAACGACACCCGAUCGCCGCUCGUGCGUUUCCGCUCCUUUCCUCGAAAACCGUUUACGGUCACCGACUUGACCGCCGGCGCCUGGUGCGAGCUGCAGUACUUUUAUACCUUGACUCGGCUACCAUUUGGCCGGAAGACACGGACGGCGGCCAUGAAGCAGGGAACCAAAGUGCACCAGGACCUUGAGGACGAAGUACACACCACAGUCCGCGUUGAGAUCGCGAGCAAGGAAGAUGGCUUUGGUCUGCGGAUAUGGAAUCUUAUUCAGGGUCUUCGUACCCUUCGAGAUACCGGCAUGACGCGCGAACUAGAGGUCUGGGGCUUUGUUGACGGAAACCUUGUUAAUGGCGUCAUCGACGGGUUGAGUUACGAGAACCCCGACCCGGAGUUCCAGGAGCAGCUAAGCCAGGACUCUGGGAACCAGAACCAAGCAAGCAUCACCGACUACUUCUCAUCGAAUAAGCAGGCAGACUCCCCUCAGAUCUACUUGACCGAUGUCAAGACGCGAGGGUCAAUGAAGGCGCCGAAUAGCCCGGCGCUGCUACGGCCUGCAAAGGUGCAGCUCUUCCUUUACCAGCGGUUCAUGUCAGAAAUGGCGGCGGGCAAGCUGGACUACCUACGCAUCUUCCGUCGGUACGGACUCGACCCCGACGAACCGUUCUCGGACUCGUUUAUCGCCCAAAUCGGCAGCUUGCAUGACGAGCUGUUCGACGUCGAUUCGGCUCUAGAUGCAGACUACGCGCCGCCUUCAUCAGACACAAUAGUUGAUGAAGCAGGGGCAGAUAAGGCACUACACAAAGCGCGCAGUCCCACGCCAGAUUUCAUCAAAUACAGAACGCUACGCGAGCUGCUACCACUCUUGGUUUCCGAGUUGGCGCAGACGUUUCCUCACGGCACCGACUCGGUUGGUCGGCUGCUUGCCGUCGAGUACAGAUACCGAGGCGACGGCUCGCUCAUCAACACCCAAAUCUUCCCCAUGGACGACCGAGCGCUGAACCUCUACUUAAGUAGUAAUAUGGAGUGGUGGAGGGCGGAUCGAGCCCCGCAAGGGGUGCAGAUUGAGGAGGCGUAUAAGUGUCGUAUGUGCGAAUUUGCGGAAGAUUGCACGUGGCGGUCGGCCAUGGACGAGGAGCGGUUGCAGAGCACGCGGCAGCGGAUGGCAAGUCGCCAGAAGCAUGUUGCGAGUGGCUAG